UAAACAAAUACAGAUAAAGGAAAACAAGAGGCACACAAAACGAACGGAUUAAACUGCGGUAAAAGGCAUGAUAAACAUGAAAAUCAUGCAAGGUGUGUUUGUUCUUCUUGCCAUAGGGGCGCUCUCAAGUCUCCAUUCCUUAGACAUUGAGAUUUAUCCAUCCACCAUUUGCUACCAAGAACACGAUAACUUGGUACUCCGUUGCAUAUUUAGUGGAAACGAUACGAGUGGUGCUGAAUUUCUGUUCAAAUCACGUGACAAACCGGGUGAAGCUCAUAAACUCAAUACUACAAAACUAAACUCGAAUACAAUAGAAACUCGAGUUCAAGACAUCAAAAUACCAGACAACAUUGGAACUUAUUUUUGUGCAAAAGAUGGUAAAGAUCACAGGCAAAUAACUUACAUAGAAGAAAAAGUAGUGUUGCCGGACGAUGUACAAUGUUAUCAUGAUCAAUUGUAUCAGUCGUUGAUUUGCGAGUGGACCGGAAGAAAUUCGACCUGUUGGGGUUUUUCAAUCGUAAAUUCAGAUCUCGGCUAUUACGUUAUUGACCACGCCUGCAAUGUGUCAACUCCAUGUACCGAACUGUCACCUAUGGCCAAUUGUGUACAAGCAAGGCAUAGCUCUGACGUUAAGUUGAAAGCAGUAUGUCCAAGAUCAUACCUUGAUCAAAAACAGAUAGAUUUCAAAAUAACUGGAAGGAAGUUAACUUCAGUUUCUAGCAGAAUUAUUCAUAAAACCAUUGAUUGCUCAUCAGUUAAAUUACGCGUAACCAAUGUACAAAGACUAAAAAGUUCGAGCAAAAGUCCGGUCCUUGCUUGGGAAGUUCUGGGAACUGUAAGCGAAAACUGUGAUUGCAUGAAACAGUGUGAGGUAACAACCAAUCAGAGCUCUCCUGUUAUAAUCACGCGGAGUUGUAACAACGAUACUUUAUACACGGUGGAACUAAAUCACCUACAACAAGUGACCGACUAUACCAUCGCUGUAAAGUGUACGGUGAUUGGGUCAGAAGUUUGGAGCGAUGAACAGCUUGUAACACUUACCACGCCUUUUGAAGUUCCUCUUGGUGGCCUGCUUGCUGGUCCAGAUCUAGAAGGUUACGUAAUGUACACGUGUCAAGAGCGAUUCUACUGUUUGAUUUUGUACUGGAAGGAUCUCGGCAACGUCAUCAAGAUGUAUAAGAUACAUGUAUCAGACAGGAAAACAUAUUUCGAGCUUGAAGUUCCUUAUUCGCCAAUCGCUACAAUCCGUUUAAAUAAAACUAGAAACUGUCAGCAAUUCCACAUAGAUGUCUAUGGAGUGACCACCAAUGGAAUAACAACGCAGACAACGUCCUUUCGAGCAAUGGACCAUGCUUGUGGGUGCUUCAAUCGCAUAGUUUGUUCAGUGGUUAAAGGGAAUGGAAGCCACGUGAACCUGAAAUUAACAGAACAGGGCUACCCCGUGUCAGAGAGCACAGGUGGAGGUAACAGUUGUGAGGUUACACUUUUCUGGUGUGUUGGAUAUAAACGGGACUCGCAUGUGGAGUGUGAGAAUUUCAUUCAGUGGUCCAACGAAGUUCUCAACAAAUCAACUGCUAUAGUACCUAUCAACAGUGGAAGCCACAAUGGCAGCUUGCAUGUAGGAUUAUGGUUCAGGUCCAAUGGCCAAACCACUGGCAUAGACUGGAACACGUGUUUAGAAAAAAGCAACUCUAAUGAUAUUUCCACCACAGGAGAUAUAAGUGUUAUUGUUGUUGUUGUUUCUGCUGCCUGUGCCUUUUGCAUCGUCAUCCUGUUUAUCCUAAUGUUUGGAUGUUCAAGGAGAAAAUGUAUCAAAGAAAAGUGUCAAUAUGUAGUUAACAACAAUAUCUCAAUGCAGACGAUCAAUUCAGAAGACCAUGAGCACACAGAAGGUACAGAAGUUUCGAGUGUGUCCCAACAGGAGAUUGAUUCCUACGUUUGCAGUGUUGUUGUAGACCAACCUAGUAUCUCCUCCACAGAUCAAAACAGGGACGGUUACGACGGUAACGUUAAUAUUGAAAAUACAAACUCUCCACUCAGCCUCAUCUCCAACAUUAAUACGAUGGUCAUUGAUGACAAACAACAUACAGAUGGAGUUGAAUAUAGCUCAAAUCCAGGAACGGAUCCGGGUUACUUGUCACCGAAUGAACUGACACCAACAAGCGCUGUUCCCAGAUUGUUCUUAAACCAAAAUAUAUCAGAUGAAACAGCGUCAGAUAAUUCGUCUUGUUGCCACGAUGGGCUUAGUCUAAGGGCAAGAUUGAGUACAAAAAGCAUCUCAAGUUAUUGCACGGCAAACGAUCUGAACCAGUUUUCAGAGUAUGCAACUGAAUCGGAGAGAACACAUUCAAGCAAAAGAUUUUGUGAGGUCGACAAUAAUUUAGACUACAUUUCAACAGAAGGAAUAAAUUCAAUCAAUGGAAAAAUUCGUAUUUCGACAGAAGAAAAUAAUCAAAAUAAUAACGAGGUACAUGUUGAGGCACACAACAACCAGGACUACAUUGCAAUGGAGAGAACAAACUCAAAUGAUGACAAUAUAGGCAAUGGUGUGGUCUGUAAUAUGGACUACAUUUCGACUUGAUGGAAUAUCAUUAUGUGUAAUUCGUUUCACCUUUCAAAGAACGCGGCGACUGAUAGCUUAUACACGGAAUUUUUCGCCGAAUUCAAAACAGCUAAAAAGAAUGUUACAAGGUGGUGUCAAUGAUUAAAAAACAAUUUUUGCAGGAUAUUUUGAAGUGGGUUCGUUUGUUGAAAAACCAAAAGUAUAGUAUUCGGGAAUACUAUUUGUAUGAAAUCUACUGUCUCUUAUAAAACAAAAACUCAACGUUUCAUGUUGAAAGGACGGCAUAGUUCCUGCACGGGGUUUUCCAACCGAGAAGAGACACGGUUUUAUUCGAGACUUAUUUACUAAUAAUCUUCAUUGUAAUGAUGUGAAAAAACUAUAUGUUCAUUUAAGCAUGAGUUAUUUACACUGGAGGAUUAAUGUAUUGAAGAAUAUGAUAAGAAAUAGAAUUUAAACUACUAUGUAUCUAUACAUGUUUGUGGUUGCUGGUGCUUAUCAGAAGUAUGUUUUUGUAGAGUGGUCCUAAGAAAUCCAUAAAUGAGAUAUCAAUUUAAAUACAAAGUAUUUGAAUGAUGUACACAGGAAUUCAAAUGACAGUCAUUAGUAACUGAAAUGUGCAUGAUUUUAUCGUUUCUAAAAGAUAAAUUUAAUCUUUUUGCAUGCGUCUCUCCAUUAUCCAAAAACACGUACAAAAAGAACGCAAAUCAAAGUUGAAAUAUAUUACAUUAAGAAGGUACACCUACAAUGUAACACAAAUUAAGCGGUCAUAUUUACAAGUUACUCUGGUAGUCAAAAAGAUAACAUAGAUUUUGCCCUAAUGUAUAUUUUUAAUCUACUGGGUGGGUGUAAAUACAAAAUUUACAAGUAAAUGUAGUUUGCAUUUUGUAUUUGUUUUUAAUUUACACCCACCCAGUAAAUUUCAAAGUAACAAUACGGCAAUUUCUUGUAAUCAUGCAUCAAAUUUGUAUAAUUAAAUGCUUUCUUGGUAAAAACGUGAUUUAUUUUUCUUUCUUGCAAAGUUUAAACACCGUCAUAAUUAUUAAUGUCUAAAAUUUAAUGAAUCUGGUAUGGACUGUAUCAUAUAUGCAUUAAAUGCUCAUUUUGCGAUGUCGCAAAAAUAAGCUUUCAAUGCUUAUAUUUACAUUCAUACUGAUGUCUAUUUGUAUGAAAUAUAUGUGUAUUGUCGCUGUUUAGCCAUUGUCUUUGUAUACGUUCUCAGUCAGGGUGAUGAAAAAUACAUGGAACAUCCAUAUUAUCACGUUAUUUAGUUCGCUUCCCCAACUAAAGAUAUAGUGCCAGAAACUUUUUAGAGAAAAAUCUUUUUGUUAAGAAGUACAUAUAAUUUAAUGAUUAUUUUUCAAAAGUAAAUAUCAAAUUUGUUAUGUAAGAUUGAAAGUUUCAUUUAAUAAAAAACACAUGAAGACGUUUAUAUUUGUG